AUGAAAACGACAGAAGAGCGCAAGAGUCACUGCCGAUUAGUCCAAGUGCUACAGCUGAUACUACAACAACCACUGCCAUCAGUCCGACGAGAUUGCCAGACAAAAGUCCACAAGCCCGAACAACUGCUGACCCAAGCUAUUCGUUGCGAAGAAGCCAAAGACUCAGACGAGCCCCGAACCGUUACGACCCAUGAUCUGAAUCAUAGUAUGGAAUGGGAAAUGCACGAGGAUCCAGCCGUCCGGAUCAUCCAGCCACUCGUGCUAGAGGAAUUGCUCCAGCCUCUGCACGUCGUGGUCAACUCAAUUCUUCUGCAACGGGGGGAGGUGUUGGAAAGCGCGUGGCCGUCCACGAUGGCAAUGACGUGA